CUUCCGUUACAGACGCCGUGCAAUGUGUUGAAUCCGCGAAUGAGUGCACGAGUUUUCUCAAUAUCCCUGUGAAAGUCUGGCGCUUCGAUGGCUGCCUGUGUGCUGUAUCGUAGGGCUUCUAGACUUCACCACCUCCCAGGAUUGAGAAGGGCUUUCGCCCGGGCUCAGCACAUGCUUCCCAAAACAGAGGAUGAUCCUGAUGAUCUGGAUGAAAAGAGAGGAAAUCUGAAGCGUCAAGAAAUCCCUGUUCAAGGUGCUUACAAACUACAUUAUAGCCCUUCCUCCUAUUAUAUGUGGAAUUCCUCAAUCUCCCGCAGCCAAGCAGAUAUUGAGGAGGAUGAACAGUGUCUUUCUUCUCAAACACCUUCUUACUGGCAGCAGAGCAACUGUUACAGUGUGAGUUGCUCCCGACAUCUCUUCAGCACAAAGAACACCCUUCUUGAUUUCGCUUUCAACAAAGGGGCUGAACCCAGCGUCACUUCUGUAUCACCCCACCACAAAAAACCCAUACCACCAGAUGUGAGAGUCGACUCCCGUGCCUUCCUGAAAUGCCGGCAGGAGUAUGCCUCUGUGAGCCACGACCGGAACCAGAGACCUGAUCUGAUCCAAUGGGAAGAUGCUGUGCUGGUGUUGGAGAAAGUGGGUGUUCUAAAGGGGAGUAUGAAACCAUCUGAUGUCUCUUUCUUUCUUACGGAGCUCAGCCGGCUGCAUCCGACCAAGACGGCGUCAGUAAGGUGUGAUCCGCGUUUCAUCGUGCUGCUCCGAUAUACUGUGGAACACCUUUGUCUCUUCACGGACCUUCAACUGCUGCAGGUGCUGCGAUCGUUUGUGUGGCUGGGCAUACCGUCACACCACACGGUGCUGGAAGUGUACGAGGCCGAGUUAAACCGUCGAGCCAAGCAAAUGACUUUACAUGAGUUGAUGUUGGCCGCUGACUUGUGGCGCUGCAUUGGGAAGCAGGUGCCUCGGUUCUUACAGCACCUUUAUGACUCAGUUCAGCGACGUUUGGAGCAAGUUGGACUCCCUGAAUUAGUCCAUUUGUUAUAUAUAAUCGGAGAAGGCAGGCACUGCCCAAAAGACUUGAUUCGCACUAUAGAGCACCUUCUCAUGUGUCAUUUGCAGCAGCUGCACCCGGAGGAGGUCGGCACUAUAUGCUUAGGGCUCUUUAAAUCUCAGACAUCGAUUUCUGAGGGCACAGCGAAACACAUUGUUGAUAAGGCAGCAUCUGUUGUGAGGGAUAUGAGUGACUUUGCUCUCGUGAAUGUGCUGAAAUACCAGCGUUUCACUUAUCUGUAUCACAAGGAGUGGCUUGAGGCGAUGGCUGUGGAAGUUCCUCAGCGGGCCCACGGGAUGGGUGUCAAGGGCUUGAUGCAUGUGGCCCUGACCUGCUCAGCACUACACUACAGCAAUGAUGAUAUUCUUUGUGCUAUCGCUGAGAGAGUGCCUUCACUAGUGCCACACUGCAGGAUUAAAGACACAUGCAAAUUCCUGUGGGCCUUUGGCCAAUUAGGAUUUCCCCCGACGCAGAUCCCUGGCUUCUAUCCGACUCUCAUAGAAGCCCUGCGGCAGAGGAAGGCUGAAUUCCAACGAUAUCCGGAGCAUCUGCUCACUGGUCUUCUAGGUUUGGCUUUUGUGUCUCUGUUCCCAGAGGACCUUGUCGCAUUAGCCUUGAGCCCCGACUUUGUCAACUUAGCACUGAAAAGCACACAACUGGAGCUGAAAAAAGACUUGUUCACUCUGGAUGAGGCUGUAGCUCUGGAGUUUCCUCAGUGGACCGGACCACGGUUAAGCAGCGACCUGAAGGAGGAGGUGACAGAAAUGCUGUGGAAGUUUGCUCAGUCAGACGUGUGCCAGAAACCAGAGGUGACGGAGGCAGAGUCUGCUCUGCGAGACCUGCUUGGAGGAGAAGAGUUUGUUUGCAAGCGAAUGAUCCUGCCUCACACUCGCUCCAUCGACCUGGAGGUGCACCUGAGUCCUGCUGGAAAACCGAUUCCCGUCAACACAGAGGCUCCACAGGACAGUCCAGCAACAGCUCCUGCCGAAAAGGGUUGGGGGAGAUUUAAUAUGGGCGUAACCAUAACGGAUGAUCUUUUAGCACAGCUAACUAAAACCAAAACCACUGCAGCUGCUCCUUCAGUAGAGACGUCUGUACCACUACACAGAUUACAGCCCGAUGAAGGCGAACGACUGUUUGACUCGGUGCUAGAUCUGACUAGCAGCAUCCCAAAACCCCCCGUCGAACCCAACAAGAAGGACCCGAAAGACAUUGUGAAGGUUGCUGUCCAGGUCUGGACCAGGAACCAUUUUUGCGUCCACUCAAUGCAGUUGCUGGGGCUCCAUGCGAUGAAGAAGCGACAGCUGCAGAUGACAGGCUACAGGGUUGUGGAGCUCCACCCUCAGGAGUGGUUUCCACUGCUGAGAAAAAACAGAACCGAGAAACUCGCAUAUUUGCACUGCAAACUCUACGACAGCCUUUAAGACCUCCUAGGCCUUCAAGGGCUGAAAAACAUGACUGAAAGUUGGAUUGCAUCUGUAACUGUGCAGGCAAUUUGGCUUUUGACAUUUUCUUUCAGCUUCUUUGCAAAAUACGAGAAAGCCGAUGAUGUGAUCUCCACCUGUGGUUGGAUUCUUCUGAAAAUGUUUUGUCCUAAAUAAGUUUUAUAGAAUGUAAUGUGCAUCUUGAAGAUGGUAAAUAAAUGA